ACAAAGCCACGACAAGGGGAUUAACUUCCAAAUGACCCUCGCCGCGCGGCCGAAAGCGCCGCCGGAGCCCCACCCCUCGGACGGCCGGAGGUCUGGCUGCUGAUGGUCACAUGGGCCUCUCUCAGCAUGGUGGGAAGGGAAAGUUUAUUUGAAUUGCAAGCGCUGCCCGCCUGCCUGGGGACCAUCAAACUUGUGCUGCUCCGCUUCCCGGCCAGCUCUGCUGCUGCUCCUCCUUGAAGUUUGCUGCGCCCUCCGCCCCGCCAGCCCGGCUCCAAAUGCUUCACACAGUUUGCAAGUUCCCUUUCCCCAUUGUCCGCCCUCUGAUUCGAGGCUCCGCACGUCAGUCACGGGCUUGACUCUUGCCCCUCCCCGCCUCCCCGAUUGAGCGCUGGCUCCCCGCCUUCUUCCUCUGCUUCGUCCUGCCUCUCCAAGGCUGCGUCUGGUUGGGCGGGCGCCGCGCCCGUCACGCGGGGGAGCCAAUCGCAGCCGGCCUGCAUGCCCACGAGCGAGCCGGGAACUUGCAAUGGCUGACCAAAUGUCUAUGGGAAAUUUACAAGCACUCCCUGCACUUCUGAGUCCUAGCAAUUCAGAAGCAUACUGCACCCAUCUCUGGAAGUAGAGCAUCGCCAACGAGGCUAGUAGCUAUUGAUGGCCUUCUCCAUAAAUGUUUGCAAUCCUCUCUACGUGUUUGUUUGGAAACAAGCCUCACAUACAUAAAUGAUGUUUCCAACAGAGGCAGAAAGAAAAUAAUGGCUGGUAAUGACGACCUCUUAAAGAAUCUACAGAACAACUUGCAAGAGCUGAACAAUCUCCGCUCUAGGUAUUACAUAUCAGCAAAACGUACCUUGUCUGCAGGGGCCAAGUCACUGCUUCGUGACCAGCAACAACUGCCAAGGGAGAAUAUGAACAUCCAGCCGUUUGCUCCUAGAAAGAGCAUCCGCCACCGUAACCCCUACUGGCCUGAUGAAGAAAUCCGGACCUUCAUUGAGAUCUGGGGCGACGACCAAGUCCAAGCCUCGCUGGCCACCAAUUUUCGCAACGAGGCUCAGUAUGAGUGGAUCUCUGAUCGGAUGCGGGAAUACGGCUAUGACAGGGAUAUGAAGCAGUGCCGUUUGCGUGCCAAAGAGCUUCGGCGAGGAUACAAGGCCAUUGUUUGUGGAAACAACUCCUCUGUGAGUGGCCAACGUGCCCUGCCAUUCUAUGAUUCCUUGAAUAGUUUCCUGUGCAUGCACAAAGGCCUGGUGGUAUCCAAAGUCUCCCUCUCCAUAGAUCGGAGGAAUCGAGAGGCACAAAAGCUGGGUCUGGAGCAGGAGAAAAACGAAAAACUAAGCGUCGUCCUCGUUUCCGACGACGACGAAGCCUCCAUCCCAGAGCCUGCAGAUGACUCAAAUGGCUAUUUUCAAGACCCGCGGAUGGAUUCCGACCCCGUGAAUGCCCAAUCUCCAGAUGAUGAAUGGGAGCAGCACGGAGAAGACGACAUCCUGGCAGGUGAUGAGGCUUUGCCCCAUUUCCCCAGUGCUAGAGGAGAGAGCCAUUCGGCUGUCAAUUCAGGCCCAUCCAGCUCCUUCCCCAGGGGGCCCCUGGCCGACACUGACAGAGCGAGCAACCACUGGAGCAGGAAACAGAGGAGGCAACCCGACGCUGCCUCGGACCUCGUGGACGCCAUAUCGCAAGUGGGCGACAGGCUAGUGUGCACCCUGUCCGAUUUGCACUCGAGGCACAGGGAGACGUCUGAGCUUACACAGGCCAGGGAGAGCAAUGCCCGCAAGGAGGAGUUGACCAUCCUCGCAAGCCACGUGGGCCAGGCCACCAAAAACAUGGACAAACUCAUCACUCUUAUGGAGACGUCGACCAGGCGGAUCGCAGAUGCCAUGGACAGGCAAACAGCUGCCUUGGAGAACCUGGCACGGUUGUUUGCCACCAGGGCGCCACCUCCUCCAGUGCCCUCCACAUCCCAAGGGCAGCCUCCGCAUUCCUCCCCAAGCACCUCUGUACUGCUCCCAUCAUCAUCAUCAUCGCCGCCACCGCUGGCGCUGCACAAUGCUCCAAACGCUUUGGGGGCCCACCACGCCAGUGCUCCCAAAGCUCCAGAAUCACCAGCUCCCAGCGAGGCUGAGGAAUGCCAGCCAGAGAAAAAGAAAAUAAAAACAGAAGGCAACUAGUGGAAUCUCAUCAUUUGACAAUCCCUCAAACAUGCUUCUUUGCUCUCAUUGGGUAGACACUCAUCCUUAAAAAAAAAAAAACUCCUUUGAGGGGGAAAGUCAGGAUGGUGGAAGCUGUAACAAAUCUCUUUUUUUAAAUGUAGCCAGAAUUUCAGUUUGAAGGUAUGUUUGUGUAGAAAAGGGAAGGAUGAGUUUUGCCUAGGAUGACAAAACUGUAGAGUUCACUGGCAUUCCACUGUUCUGUCCCUUGCUCCAUAUUCUGCUGCUUCGUUAUGCAAUUCGGACUGCAGUCCCGUGCACAGUUGCUAGGGAGUAAAGCCCCACUGAACUGUGUAAGUGUGGUUCAGAUCUAGGCUUAGGCCACAGAGAAGGUUGGUUCAAAAUCUCUGCUCAGCCCUGAAGUUGGUUGGUGGCCUUUGUCAGCUGCUGUUUUUCCUCUCUCUAAAUGGGCAAUACAAAUAAUCUGCACUGCUUGGUGGUUUUGAAGAUGAGCAAUUUAAAGACUGUGAAUCAUUGUGCACAGUGAAACUGAUAUAAAUGAGUAGAGAACAUUC